AGUCCGACCUGCUCAAGUUGGGUUGCCUCGGUUACUCCUGCACGAAGCUACCAAAGGCGGCUCUUUCUCUAAUAGAAUCCCGAAAUCUUCUUCGCGUCGCCGGAGAACAGCUAAUAAGUGUGAACCUUAGGCUUAGAGGCUUGAAUAAGAGAAAUCAUCGGAAUAGUAGAAUCAUCAUGUGGGUCGAAAUUCUCUGUGGGCUGGUAGUAUACAAUAUUUUCCGGCGAUUCUUUUUUGGCGAUGCUGAAGUCCCCGACGUCGACGCCGGAAGCUCCGAUCUCUUUUUUGCGGUCGCCGACAGGUUGGAGAAAAUUUAUGGCGGUAAAGCUUAUGUCGGGCUCAGGAUUCCCGAUCCUGAUACCAGUUCUCGGCAGCACAUAGACGUUGUUCUGGUUAACAAGAGGGAAGUGAUGGUGGUGGCGGUUAGAAACUUUUCUGGGUUUGUGGUCGUCGGAGAUGGUGGAAAUUGGGUUUGCACUAAAGACAAGAAGCAUAAGCCUGAGACUUUUCCCGAUCCGGUUUUGGAAACUGCAAGACAAGUUGAAAUUCUUCAGUCGUAUUUGGAGUUGCGGGGAGUAUCUUUACCUAAAGGGAGUUUGAUUGGCAAAGUUAUUCUCCCAAAUCCAAACUGCAGGCCAGCUUAUUCUAUUACUUUUCAGCCCGAGGUUGUUUCUUUUGACAAGUGGGUGGGGUUGAAAUCAGAAGAAAAACUUGGGAUUUCUUCUUGGAUCAAAGAUGUUUUCCGUGGGAGCAAAGGUAAAGGACAGGACGACUGGUACCAAAAGCUUCACUUUGUUCUUAACACAGCUCCUAUGUGGGACAGGAUAGAGUUUAAUGGUAAUAGAAAUCUUCUGGGCGAGUUCAUUGAAUUCAAGGGAAACUCAGAAGAUAUGCAAGCUUUGAGAAAUGUUAACAGAUCAAAAGUUGCUCAGUUCAUCAUUCAAAAGCCAAGCUUGUUUGGCUUAGGUAGAUCAAGACUCAAUAUUCUGUUUUCUCCUCGAGAUGUUCGAGGCAAUGCACCUUCAGCUCUUGAAUGGAACGAAAUUGCUGUGAAGCCCAGCACAGAAUUUCUGUUUCAGCCGCUUAAUUCCAAUAAACCUUCUAAGUUCAAGCUAUCAAACGUAGCCUCGGUUUCCCUCAGUGCAUAAUUUGGAUCUCCAUAGUGCUCGGUGUGCACUCUUUAUGGAGUUCUGAAAGCUUUUGUAGAAUCUUGAAUGAGAAAUUCUGCACAGUUGCUCUAUUUAUAUUUUGUAAAUAUAGAAUAAUUAAAUCCUGAGAUUGCAACGCAGUACAAUUGAUGAUGAACUUGCAUUGGAUGUUCUAAAUCAAGAAUUAAUUUCAUGAAAAUGAGUGUAAUUUUGAAAUACAGAAUUCUGAACAUUUAAAGUAUAGCGGAUGGUCAGAA